AUGUACUCCAUCACCUCCAGUGAGAAGGGAUACACAGUGGAUGUUGCGCUUGGGAGCAAGAACACCACCAUGCUGCUGGAUACAGGAUCAGCAGUGUCGGUAGUAUCAGACAAGUAUUAUCAGAUGCAUCUCACUCAUUUCCCUAUAAAACCAGCCAGUGGGCUAAAGCUCAAGUCCUACUCAGGCCAACACAUUGCUGUGCGUGGAUAUAUUAUGUUACCAGUACAGUAUGGGACUCAAAACAUCACCCUACCACUGAUCGUUGUUCAGGGAGACAGACCAGCUCUGAUUGGACGAAACUGGUUAAAGAAACUACAGCUGAACUGGAAACAGAUUUUCACAGUACACAAGGUACUGGUGCAGAAAGAAGCAAAGCCAGGAGUACUAGAAGUGAUUCAGCGCCAUCAGGCAGUGUUUUCGGAUGACCAAGGCUGCAUAAAGGGAUUUAAAGCUAGAAUCCACACUAAACCAAACACCACACCAAUUUUCUGUAAAGCUCGCCCAGUUCCUUAUGCACUAAAAGAAGCUGUGGAAAAGGAGCUGGACAGAUUGGAAAAGGUGAAGGUUAUUUCAAAGGUUGAGAAAAGUGAGUGGGCAUCCCCUAUUGUUACUGUGCCAAAGGCAGACAAAACAAUUAGGAUAUGUGGUGACUACAAAGUCAGUGUCAACCAGUGUGUUGAAGAGGAAAGAUAUCCACUUCCAAAUACUGAAGAUUUGUUUGCCACUUUAGCUGGAGGAACAUCCUUCAGUAAACUUGACCUUUCUCAUGCCUAUCAGCAGCUACAGUUAGAUGAAGAAUCAGAGAAGUAUCUGGUCAUCAACACACACAAAGGUCUCUAUAAGUACAAUCGCCUCAGCUAUGGUGUUUCCAGUGCUCCGGCUCUUUUCCAGUCUGUGAUGGAUCAAAUCCUUCAGGGGAUGGAGCAUGUGACCUGCUUUUUGGAUGACAUCCUCAUCACUGCUUCAUCUGAAAGGGAUCAUUUGAAGAGGUUGGAGGAAGUACUCACACGUCUGGAGAAGCAUGGUGUCAGAGUGAAGCUUUCCAAGUGCCACUUUCUUCAGAGCAGUGUGGAGUACCUGGGACAUCGUAUUGACAGGGAUGGUCUGCAUCCUUUAGAGGAAAAGGUAGCAGCCAUAGCAAAUGCACCAGAACCAACAAACGUCACUGAACUGAAGUCCUUUCUUGGUCUUCUAAAUUACUACAGUCGAUUUUUGGAAAAUCCAUCCACCAUUCUUCAGCCUUUGCAUAACCUGUUGAGAAAAGAUGCUAAAUGGAUUUGGACCAUGGAAUGUGCAAAAGCAUUCAGGGAUGCAAAAAGUCUACUGCUGCAGAACAAAGUGUUGGUGCACUACAGCACAAAUCUGCCAUUGAAGUUAGCCUGCGAUGCAUCACCUUAUGGAUUGGGCGCAGUCAUCUCUCAUGUCAUGGAAAAUGGAGAGGAAAGGCCUGUGGCUUUCGCAUCAAGAACAUUAACUGAAGCUGAGCGAAAGUAUGCCCAGAUAGAAAAAGAGGCCCUUGCCAUAAUUUUUGGAGUAAAGAAAUUCCAUAAAUAUCUGUAUGGAAGGAAAUUCACCCUCAUAACAGAUCAUAAGCCACUGCUGGCUAUACUAGGGCCAAAGUCAGCUGUCCCAACACUCGCUGCACUAAGAAUGCAACGCUGGGCUCUUAUUCUAAUGGCAUACAACUAUGACAUUGAAUAUAGAAGAUCAGCUGAACAUGCUAAUGCAGAUGCAUUGUCACGUCUACCUCGGAAUACGCCAGACAACAUUGCCGCUGAGGGAAGUAUCUUCUAUUUCUCACAUGUGGAAGAGCUACCAAUAGUAGCUAAAGACAUUGAGAGAGCAACCAUGAAGGAUCCAAUCCUCAGCAAGGUCUGGAGCUACACCAUGAAUGGGUGGCCGAGUUAUAUGCAAGACGAAUCACUUAAGCCUUACUUUACACGCAGACACGAGCUGUCAGCAGAACAAGGAUGUGUUCUUUGGGGACAACGGGUCAUCAUUCCACCGGUUUACCAACAGAAAGUGCUGGAAGACCUGCAUCAUGAACAUCCAGGUAUCUGUCGUAUGAAAGCACUCGCUCGCAGUUACCUGUGGUGGCCAGGCUGUGAUGGUGAUAUACAAGAACUGGUUCAAAGCUGCUCAGUCUGUCAGGCUGUACAGAAGUCACCACCCGUUGCACCACUCCAUCCGUGGAAGUGGCCUGAGAGAGUUUGGCAACGGAUUCACAUUGAUUUCGCUGAAAAAGGCAAGCAGUACUUUUUAGUUGUCAUUGACAGUCAUUCAAAAUGGUUGGAAGUGUUCCCUAUGCCAUCCAUUACCUCACACAACACCAUUGAGGUUUUGAGAGGGUUAUUUGCUUCAUAUGGACUUCCAGAAGAGCUUGUUUCAGACAAUGGACCUCAACUUGUGUCAAAGGAAUUCAAUCAGUUUCUGGAGUUAAAUGGGAUCAGACACACAGCUGUUCCUGCCUAUCAUCCUGCAUCAAACGGGGCAGCAGAGAGGUCAGUACAAAUCCUGAAACGAUCCCUGAUGAAAAAUGUGCUGGAAGCAGAUGGUAAGGCCACAUUGCCACUCAGUCAUCGUUUGGCAAACUUCCUUAUCAUGUAUCGCAGUACACCGCACACUGUGACGGGUCGUACACCAGCAGAGUUGUUCCUGAAACGUCAGAUCCGGACUCGCUUCAGCCUGCUGAAACCUGAACUAAGCAGACACAUUGAACAGAAACAGUCUGAGCAGAAGCGACACCAUGAUUACAAAACCCAACCUGUUCGUGUUUUUUCGGAGGGAGACGCUGUGCGUAUCCGAAACUUCAGGGGGGGGGAAACAAAAUGGACUCAGGGAACAGUUCUGAAGAAAAUGGGAAGUGUUACUUACCUGAUACAAGAGGGACAGAGAACACGCACAAUACAUGUGGAUCACCUGUUACCAUGGAGACAGACUGUGGAGAAACCCCCAGUUAUAUUUUCACCGGUUUCAGAGGGACGGCCAGAAGUGAUUAUGGACAGUGUUGUUCCAGAGAUACCACCAAGUCCACCUGGGAUUUUAACAUCACACUCCUUACCUCCUGAACCACCUAAACAGACAACCGAUGAACCACCAGUAUCCACCCCAGAAACCACCCAAAGCCCAUCUGUGGAACGCAGAUACCCAGAGAGACGCAGAGUUCCCCCAAAGAGACUGAAUCUUUGA